AUGGCAUCAACCAUGAGAAGGGAACUGCUGCUGCAGCUUUUGUUCUUUCUUUUGAGUAUAUGUUCACCAAGAAAGACGGCUGCACAGCCGCUGAAGGCAGAAGCAGAAGCGCUUCUCAAGUGGAGAGACAGUCUCCAAGCUGCCCAUGUACUGAAUUCUUCUUGGUCGUUCCUCAACUCUAGCUAUGCCCCCUGCCACUGGGAUGGGAUAGCUUGCAGCGGUGACAACACGAGUCUUGUCAAGAUAAGUCUUCAAAACCAGGAUCUUCGAGGUACGCUCGACCAUUUCGACUUUGCUGCCUUCCCAAGUCUUGCAUAUUUGGAUCUUAGAGGUAACAAUUUUUAUGGAAGCAUUCCGGACGGUAUAGGCAACCUCUCCAAACUUUCCUUCCUUGACCUGUCGGUGAAUCAGUUUUCUGGCAGCUUACCGGAAAGUAUGGCCAAUCUUAAGAACCUUGUUUCUAUAGACAUGUCAUUCAACUCGCUCACGGGCCCUCUCCCUACUUCUAUUGGACAAUUAUCUAGUCUAGUGAAUUUACUCAUCCGUGACAACCAUCUUACUGGGACUAUUCCACAGACGGUAGGAGAGCUCACAAUUCUCAACUUCUUGGACCUUGAUACCAACUCACUUACUGGUUCAAUUCCAACUCAGAUAGGUAACUUGUCCAAUCUGCACAGUUUGUUCCUAGGCUUUAAUUUUUUGACUGGGACCAUUCCACCAGAAUUGUGGAAGCUCAAUAAGCUCAUCCAAUUAGAUCUGCAAUCUAAUGUUCUUCCAGGAUCAAUCCCUCCUUCAAUAGGUAACUUGUCUGGCCUUUACUAUUUAAAUCUGAGCAAUAACAGCCUCUUUGGCACUCUACCUCCUCAAAUGAAUAAUGUCACAGGUCUAGGCUGGUUACUCCUUUCAGUUAACAAUCUCUCUGGUUCUUUACCAUCAGAAGUAUGUAAGGGUGGUAAGCUCGUCAAAUUUUCUGCUUACAACAACCAUUUCACUGGAUCAAUACCAGAAAGCUUGAGGAAUUGUACAAGCUUACAUAAACUCACUUUAAGUAGGAAUCAACUUAGUGGAAACAUUUCAGAGGCAUUUGGAUCCUAUCCGAUCCUGUCCCGCAUUUGCAUGAGCAACAAUCAACUAAUGGGAGAGCUCUCACCAAACUGGAGCAGAUGCCGUAAUCUUCAAUACAUGGAUUUCUCUAAUAACCACGUCACUGGGAAGAUCCCGAGUUCAAUCUCUCAAAUGCCAAAAUUAGUGGAAAUACACAUUUCUACCAAUUACAUAACAGGAGAGAUUCCAAGAGGAAUAGGGGAACUUUCGUUCUUGCUGAAGAUAGAUAUGAGCAACAAUCAUAUUUCAGGUGGCAUACCAUCAGAGAUUGGUAUGUUAAAAAAUUUGCUACAAUUGGAUUUGUCAUCCAACAACCUUAGCGGACCAAUACCUGAAGAGCUUGGGAACUUGGCAGGACUAUCUAUGCUGCUAGAUCUUAGCCGUAACAUGCUAACAGGGUCAAUACCAGACCAACUUGGGAAGUUAAAUCAUCUGGCGAAGCUCAAUCUUUCCCAUAACAAGCUCAUAGGUACAAUCCCAUCAUCUUUGGCUGGAAUGGUUAGUUUGACUUCAGUUGAUUUGUCCUUUAACAGUCUCACAGGCCCGCUCCCAAAGAACCCUGCUUUCCAGAAUGCUUCAGCACAAUCAUUUACAGGUAACCUUGACUUAUGUGGAGGAGUUAAUUUGCAACCAUGCAAGCCUCCCGAGGGGGCGAAAAGUCAAAAGAAAAGUCGAACACUGGCGGCCAUUAUUACUCCAGUUUCUGCAGUUCUCGUCCUCCUAUUCCUUGUCAUUGGAAGUUUUACAGUUUGUCAAAAAGUAACCCAAAGAAGGCAAGAUAAGGGGAGCAUCAACUUCGAAACUUACCAUGGAAAUGAUCUGUUUUCCGUGUGGAACUAUGAUGGUAGACUUGCUUAUGAGGAUAUUGUCAAUGCUACAAAGAAUUUCAGUGACGAGUAUAUUGUUGGUACAGGAGCACAUGGUAGUGUUUAUAAGGUUGAACUCCCCACAAGUCAAAUAGUGGCCGUGAAGAAGUUCAAUCAAAUGGAUAAUGAUGUGCUAACAGACUCAGGAUUUAGAAAUGAGAUUAAGACAUUGACGGAAGUCCGCCACAGAAACAUAGUCAAGCUCUAUGGAUCUUGUAAGCAUCCUCAAUGCUCAUUUUUGGUCUAUGAAUAUGUAGAGAGGGGAUGCUUGGCAAAAAUACUAAGCAAUAAUGAAGAGGCAAAGAGAUUAGAUUGGGAAAAGAGGGUGAAUAUCGUAAAUGGUGUUGCCAAUGCUUUGUCAUACAUGCAUCAUGAUCAUUCAAUUCCAAUAAUCCAUCGCGACAUCUCUAGCAAGAAUAUUUUGUUACAUCCAGAUUUUGAUGCAUGUGUUUCUGACUUUGGAACCGCAAGAUUACUAAACCCAGAUUCAUCAAAUUGGACUGGCCUUGCAGGGACACAAGGCUACAUGGCACCAGAGUUGGCAUAUACCAUGAGAGUAACAGAGAAGUGUGAUGUCUACAGCUUUGGGGUGGUAGCUCUUGAAAUUCUAAUGGGAAGGCACCCAGGGGAACUACUAUCAUCUUUGGUUAUUCUCACAAAGCAAAAGCUUGAUGUAAAGCUCUGGGAUGUGCUGGACCAACGAAUACCAGCUCCAGGGGACCAAGAAGCAGAGAUGGUGGCUGCUGUAGCCAAGCUUGCAGUCAUGUGCAUAGACAUGAAACCGGAAUCACGGCCUACAAUGCGCUCUGUUUCUCUGCAUCUUUCCUCUCCCGGCAGAACGCAUCAUUUGUUCAAAGCCUUAAAGACAAUCACUCAAACCGAUAUGAAGAAUUGGAGCGCCUACUGGCACCACCAACCGAGGAAGUAA